UGUUUCGUGAAAAGUGUUAAUUUUUUACGAAAAACAAUUAGUUAUAGUGCCAAAUCGUGUUUGAAAGUGUAAAGGAUAUAUCAGUGUGAGUGUUUUUCGUGGUGUAAUUUGUGAUAGAGGCCUACAAGUCCUCAAGUGCAAAUUACAUGGAUAAAGCCGUCACCUGAGUCCGUAAGCGAUGGAGUCACAUGUUCUGAACACAUACCACCAGGCUCGCUACCGCACCAUCGGGCACAAAAGGAUGGGUUCCACUAGUGACCUCUCCUCGGAGAGUAGUUGUAACCAGAACAGCCCGGAGUACGCUCAGGCUCAGCCGGAGUACGGGAGGAGUUAUGAGGGCAAUGAGGAAUAUUGGAGUCAAACGGCAAACACAACUCAAACAAGUCAAGACUCUAGUUCUGACGAAGAGGAAAACGUAGAGGUCGUCGAACUCGAUAACCAUUACGAUGAAAACGACGAAGACACUCUAGUAGAAGGCGACGAUUAUGACGUCAUCCAAGUAUACGCCGUCCAUCCCGACCUUGACCUUGAAGCCUCCUCCGACGAGGAACAACCCGACUACUGUGUGGCCGAGGAAUACAACUCAGAAGAAGAAUACGCACAAGACCCCCAAUAUACAGAAGAAACACAAUACGAAUACCAGGAGAACAGAACAGAUAUAUGCCAAGAUGGUUUAGAUAUUAACCUAGAUGGUCCAGUAGUUUCAAAUGUCGAUGAGUAUUUUAUCAAAGAGAAACCUAAACCGAUUUUGGAUGUAAAAGAUGAACCAGUAGUUAAUGAUGUUGACGAAUAUUUUAUUAAAGAUACUAAACCGGUAGCUCAAGUCCCAGAUGUUGAGGAGUUCUUUAUUAAAGAAAAAGAGCCUGAGGAUGCUAAAACACAACCUGAUAUUGUUCAAAGUGUACCUCAGGUUAAACCUGUUGUCGAUGCUAAAGAACCAGAGCAUAACGAAUCAGAUCCUAUUCCAGAGGUUUCUAUAAACGAGUCCGAUUUAGAUGUCCUUCCAAAUAUAGAGGAAAUUAAAAGAUACCUGCUUGAAGAUAUUCCUUAUAAAUUCAAGACUACGCAACGGUCGUGUUCCGUACCUCAUUCUCCGAUGCACCACCUUGCUUGCAUGGACAUCGACGACGCCAAAACCUGCCUCAGCUUCGAAGAUCUGAACCUAGACUUAUCUGAUUUAGCAUUCGACAGCGACAAGUACAAAUCGGACAGCGGUAACAAAAUAGACGACAUUCCACGAACUUUAACAGACGAGGAUGUAAAUAGCUUUUUGAUUACCAACAACACUGAGAAACCUGAGAAAGAUGAUGACGAUUUUAGCACUCAAGAUAUGGAGAUAGAAAACCCCGUAGACGCAACCAUACACGUAGAGACUCCGCGAACAUCGACUCCUAUUAAAAAGCCGAACGUCCUAGACUUUUGUAUAGAAAAACCGGCAAUUACACCAGUGAAAGUAGAAACCGGUGACGUGAAAGCGGAAACUGACGAUUUCGUAGACGUAGAAUCCUGCAACGACGCGUCAAUACCGGUGCUCGCGGCGAACAACGUCAACUCCCUUCUAGAACAGUUCGAAGCUAACGAGAAAUUCACGACCAAACCGAAAAGGCCGAAAGAGGAGCCUAAGGCGAAGCCCAACGGUCUGACGAACGGUAUGCGUUUGCAGGACGCAGGCGUCCAGCUGAACAAGAACAAGAUGCGGCAAAUACUGAUGCCGCCGAAAGCGGCGCUGCGGCGCUCGCUCAGCCCGCCCGCGCCGCCGACGCCCGCGCAGCGCUCCGACCACGACUAUUGCGCCAACAAGCGCCACAGCCUCCCCACGCUCAAGGGCGGCCAGAGCCUCCUCAAACCCGAGGUCCUCUCCAGCAACAAUCGCAUCCUCAACUCCAGGCACCGCUCCUGCAAAAACAAAAAGGUCGUCUACCACCUCAGUAGCGACGACGAAGCCGAUAAGACCGCCAAAAACAAAAAGAGGGAUGACGACGACGAUGUGAAAGCUAAAAAGUCCACCCUCAAACAACCUAUAAAACAGCCGACACCGUCCAAUUGUCGCAAAAAACUCUCACCCCCUCAUAGUGCUAACGAUACUUGUAAAGAUAAAGUUAACAGUUCUGUGAUGGUUAAAAAUGCUUCUAAAGCGAGUGAUACGAACGGUAGUCAAACGAACAUUAGCAUUAAGUUAACUAUUAAAAAUAAAUCAGAGGUUAUACUUAAUAACUGUGAUGAUAAAGGCUAUCGGAAUGUUAAAGAUGUUGAAAAGUGUACGUCUAGUAGUACUAGUGUUAGUAGUAGCGCUGAAACUGUUAAAAUACAGGAAUUAGAUAGCGAUAAAAAUGUAAGUGUAAACAUUAGUGACGAUAAUUGCGCGAGUGUAGAAGUUAAAACUGAAGCCCGUCCGAAAGAGGAGAACUUUUACACGGCGUUGUUUAGCAAUAAGCAAGAUGUACAGAUACCGCAAACGAUGGAACUCAAAACCGAAAAGAGACCUAUAGACGAGGAACUUAAAGUUAUAGUCGAUAUAUCGAACAGGAACGAGAUGGAGCAGCCUCAAAAGAAAAAGAAACUAAAUCUCCAAGAAUAUAAAAUGCGGAGAUCGGUAACGUCAAAUAAUAGCUCCGCAGCCGUUAGUCCUGAAGCGAUAUUCCCUGAUUUACCUAGUCCGUGUCCUUUGGAAAAAGUCGCCAUUAAUAAUGUGAACGUGACGCCUCCAAAUGGAACGAUAAACACAACUGAACAGAAGAAUCCAGAAGCCCCAAAGAAAAUCUUUGAUCCGAUCAGAGAGGCAUCUAGGAAAAUACUCAUGAACACCAAGAAACAAAAAGCCGAGGCUACGCGAAAGAGGGACGAAGAUAUUGUAAUGAGUAAAAUACCAAAAGUAGAGAAUUUGGAACUGCAACCCCUAAUCAGUGACGCUGAAAUGCUCAAAAUAGUUGGAGGAAUGGCACCAGAGGAAGUGCCAGUUAUAAAGAAUGAAAAACCAAAAGCGACUGAUUACGAGGAGAUAGUACUAGUUAGCGUCGGUACAAAUACUGAUGAAAACAUAUUUAAACAAAUGGAAAAGACUAAACAUAAAGAAGUCAGGAAAUCUCAGUCACCACCAUUAGACGCUAAAGCACUAAUCAAUUUUAAGAUCAAAAAGUCUGAAGUUCUAAAGCAAAAUGUCUUCGACUCGAAAGCGCAAAAGAUCAGCUCACGAAACGAAAAACGAAGUCCAGAUAAAAGCGAUAAGAGGCAUACAGAUGUUAAAAUAGAUAAAGAAAGAUAUAAGGAUAUAACGGCUGCUCUAAAGAGUGUAGAAAAACAAGUAGAUACUAAAAUAUCUAGUAAUUCUCUAUUCGCGUCUAUUCAAGAUGUUGUACUAAAGAAAGCUCCAGAAGAACCAACCGAAAAACCGAAACAACAACCUAAACCAGUCAAAACUUAUAAAACUACUAUUGUACGUGAAUAUGAUACAAAAGCAGAUCAUGGAGAAGACAAAAUUAUCCUACAUUUAGGCAAGCAUAGGAGAAAACCUGAAUCUGCUAGUAUCCUCAUUCAAACAGAGAUGGACCAAGCGACUGUUGCAGUACAACCGAAGAAAGCAGCUACUAAAGAAAAGAGUCCUGUGCAAAGGAAGAGGAAUGACAGUGACAUGUCUAUGUCUAGCGAUGCUAGUCCAUCACGCGAUAAAACAAACGUAGAGAACAAAAAAGAGACAGCUAAGCGUUCCCGUUCAGUUGAGAAGCAAUCGCGCUCAAUCGAGAAGCGAUCUCGCUCAAUCGAGAAGCGAUCUCGCUCAAUCGAGAAGCGACGCUCAAGCGAGAAACGCUCGCGCUCAAGAGAGAAGCGAUCUAGGUCCCGCUCGCGUGGCUACGAUAGAUACAGACGGCGAUCAAGAUCCCACAGCCGUAGAAGACGAAGAUCUCGCAGCAGGAGCGUUAGAACUAGACGCUCACGCUCCAUCGACCGUUAUAGGCGGCGAAGACGCGAAUCUCCUUACAAGAGGAAAAGAUCGCCCUACCGUAGACGCACGCCUACCCCGCGUAGGGACUACCGUCGAUCCCGGUCUAGAUCAAGAUCUAGGCACGACUCAGCCAGAUCCAAAAGUCCUAGGAAAACACCCCCUCGAGUUGAGAAGAAGUGCGACAAAUCGUACACACCUCCAUUAAGAAAACCUACCAUUUCUGAAAGUUCUGAUUCCUCCUCUAGUUCAUCAUCAUCAUCAUCGUCCAGUUCCUCGUCAUCAUCUUCGACCAACCGGUCGAAUUCUGUCCACUCCGGGCGCUCGAGCAGUCCCAGACAGGAGCCCUACAGACGGCAGUAUAGGAGCUACAGCCCUGAUGACAGAGAAAGCAACAAGCCUGUGGAAGAGAGACGCAUAGUGUUCGUCGGCAAGUUGGAAAAGGACAGCACUAAAGCGACGUUGCGAGCUCAGUUCUCCAAGUUUGGCCACAUCAUGGAAGUGCGGCUGCAUAAUAAGGAGGAUGGGACUCGGUACGGCUUCGUGACGUACUCGCGCGGGCGCGAGGCGUGGAGCGCGGUGGAGGCGGCGGGCCAGUUCCCGCAGUACGACGUGGGCUUCGGCGGCCGCCGCGCCUUCUGCCGCCAGUCCUACGCCGACCUGGACGGCCUAGAGGCGGACUACGUAGAAAGCGCCUUCCACGGCGCCCCAACCUCGAUGUCUCGUCGCGACGACAUGUCCUUCGAACAGAUGUUGCUCGACGUCAAACAGAAGCUCAGCCAACGCAAGAAGGAUGACGACAAGCCUUGACACUGCCACGGGUAACCAUGGUAACCGUCUAGUAUACCAGAAUUCUAUAAAAGUUGACCAGGGAACGUCAAGCCACUUUGCGUGUAAAAUUCGUGUGGAAAAGGUCUUAGGUAGUCGUAUCGACAUUUUGUUUGAACGAUGCUGAUAGAUGUUAUACAGAAGUUCAGUCAACGUAAGAAGUCUUGACAUUGCCACGGGUAACCAUGGUAACCAUCUA